AUGUCCGGGUCGGAACCCGUGUCGCCGAAAAGAGAAGAUGCUAGCGAUGAGCUGGGCGUCGCCAGCGCCUCCAUCAAAAAAUCCACCCGUCCGGUCGCCAAGGCCGCUUGUCUGAGCUGCCGCGAGCGAAAAAUCAGAUGCGAGGGCGUCCAGGACUGCUCGUACUGUAAGCAGAUGAAGUUGCCAUGCGUGUUCGUCAAGAGCCAUCGUGGCGGCCGUCGUCGACGUAAAGAUGAUGCCGGCUCCAGCUCCAAGGUCGAUACCCCUCCAGUCUCACAUCAGCAGCUGCAGCACCAGCAACAUCAGCAACCGCCCCCACAGCCGCCAUUACUACAGCACCAACAGCCCCCACCACCUCCACCACAGGCGGCAAACACCCAUUACCAGAGCCAGAGUCAUAGCCAACAUCACCAGAUGUACGAUGAGGGCCCAGGCUACUUUUAUCCGGGUUCUCCAGGUUAUGACCAUACGCAGCACCUCCAAGCUCAGCCUGGACCUCUUCAUAGCCACCAGUCUGGACCCCCCCAACAGCAUGCUCCCCCUCAUGGACCGGCUCACCCUCCUCCUCAUGGGCAGCCGCACCAACCACACCACCCUGCACAUGGCCCAUCCGCCCACACACAACACAUUUCGCCCAAUGUGCAGUCGGUUUCUCCCCACGACUCUCACAGCUCGCAUGGCCCUUCACCAGACAUGCACGUUCACCAGCCACAAAAACCAAGUCCAACCUACUUGAAGCCGGAUUCUGGCCACCAGAACCAGGCACACCGAUCCCCCAACCACGUCUCUCCAAACCAUCCGGUCCACAACAACCAUGUCUCUCCUCAUCAUGUUUCGCCACACAACACUGUGUCUCCCCACCACCAGGUGCCUUCCCACAAUGUUUCUCCUAACCAGCAACCUCAUCACGCAACAAAUGGGACAACAUUUACAACUCCCGCUCCUCCAACAGCGCCCCCAACGGCUCCUCCACAAGCAUACAAGAGACCUGUGGACGCCCAGGGAGAGCAGCGGUCGAGUAAAAAGCAAAAAACACGCAUCGUGGGCAAAUUCACGGAAAAACGGGGUCUGUUCACUCCACCAGAAAACACAAACCAGGUGAUUGAGUCGAUUUUCAAGGCGCUCAAUCAUAUCCAGUCGCAAAUCACAGACCUGAAACGAGACCAAGCUAUGAACGCAGCCUACAGAUCAUACUCGCGUGAACAGGGAUAUGAGUCGUCGCCAGAAGUGGAACAUCAGUCUUCAACAAGUAGCAGCACUCGGCGUAAAGAUGCGACUUCCAGCUCGAAAAUCAAAUUCACAUUCACUAGCGAAGACUUGAUAUCACUGGACUUGCCCUGCAUCGAUGUCAUUAAUCUCUUUAUUGACCUCUACUACGAGUAUUUCCACCCUAACCAUCCGUUCCUGCUGCCUAAACGGAUCUUUCUGCGAAACUUCUCUCCCAGAACAGACGUGUCUGUGCUCCAUGCCAUGUUUGCGGUAUCGUGUAGAUUCGCUUCUCUGAACAUGGACGCCAUUGAACAAGAGGCCAGCAGACAGCUGGUCCCUUACCUGCUAGAUCCACAAUACUGGAUUUCUCGAAUGCAAAAACACCAGGCUACUCUGUCGUCAGUUGAGCAUGUUAAGUGCAUGCUUCUUUCUGGCCACGCUCUGUUCUUCUCUGGACAUGCUGAGAAGGGCCGAAACUUCAUCCAGUCCGCCUAUCAACUCAUCAAAAUGCACAAACUGGAGAUGCUGCAUUCUGCCAACCCGGAUGGUAUCAACACAGAGAUGACUGCUCUUCGAAUCGCCAAUUCUCAGCAGCUUCUGAUGCGUGAAUCGCUAAUUCGAACGCUUUGGGAGUUAUGGGAGAUCCGAGUCAUGGUGGCUACCUUCCUCAACCGACCUGAUGAAAUUCCAGAGUUCUAUACCCGCAUCUGCUUGCCUUGCAGCAACGAGCAUUAUGAGAACGAGCUCAAGGAUUGGGACUACAAAAAGUACUAUUGGAACGAUUUUGAACAGAGUCUGUUACAAGGAGACCCUGCUAUCAACGGCCCAGGUACCGUCUGCUACGAUGUCGUAUUCAAGAUUGCCUCUCUCAACUUAUUGGCGUCUGUGGUCAAGGCCACGCCCGGUAUUCAGUCUGGCUCGGGUCAUUCAGUGCUGGCAGCUUAUGACCGACGCCUUCGAUCGCUCAUGGGCCGUCUGCCCACCUUUAAAACCGAAAACCACGCCUACUUCCUCUCCGAGUUUCUCAAUACUAACCACCUCCAUGUGCACCAUCAUGAGGACACUCCGGGAGACUCGGAUAACGGAGCCACAGCAGCCUUUCCUGGUCUGCGCCUCGAUGAACGUAAGUUCUCUCCCUUGCAGCACAUCAACCCGACCUUUUACUUGGCCUAUCAAGUGCUGUAUAUGGCUGCCAUAAUCCUUCAUCGAAACUCGGCUAUUGAGAAGAUGCCGUAUCUGUUGACCUAUCCCGAGGCCCAAGGUAACGUCUCCACCCCUGCCAUUGUGGAGAACCACCAGGCUCUGAACGAUAUCUUCAACAUGAUGAGCAAGGAGGAUGUCAACCUCAAUGCUCUGCUAGACGAGAGUGUCUACUCCACUCUAGAUUUCAAUGACGACUUCCAUGUGGAUGUGGUCAAUUCCAUCCUCUGUCGUGUCCCUAGCAACAGUGCCUUUGGAACAUGUGAUUGGGCCUCUCACUGUAUUUGGAAGCUGGUCAACUUGACUCUUCCAGACGAGCAGCUGUUGACGAAGCAUCACUCGGUGGAUAUUCUCAAGCAGUUGGAAUCGGCUCUGUUUGCUGACCCCGCCACAACCCAGAGCUACGACUUUGCCGACUUUGACGAUGACCCUCUCGCGCACUCUAGAGGACCUCAACAAAGAACGCAGAUGUUUGCUGGCACAAACAACUAUUCCACAGCGUCUUUGAAUCAUAGUUUGAUCCAGUCAUGGCUUCACAUUUCGCCCUUUACUGGUCUCAUUGUUUCUACUGCCUUCCCCGUGUUGGCUUCAGUUGGAGCCCGUCACCUUGUGCUGGUGACUGCUUGCAAGCACAAGAUGGCCUCUACUGACUCGCAGUUCAUCCAGAGACACGAGACCAUCACCGACAACAUUGUGCGGAAGCUUCGUGACUUGCUGCUCAUUCUGCGAGUCAUUGGAGAGUACUGGGCAUCUUUCCAGAUGCACUACGAUGUUGCCAGUGCCACAUUGGACAAGCUGUUGUCACUGAGUGAAAAGACUUAUUACACUGAUAACAAUCACUUUGACGACUUUAGCGGCAGCAACAGAAGCAGCUGA